AUGUUUAAGGCGUUAGGAGAAAUAACGGUUGCUGCUUCUUGCGAUGUUCUGAGAUACUCUGAUGUGGAAAUGUUUGUAGAAUUCUUGGACUAUAAGAAGCUUUCACCAGAGGCUUGUGAACAUGCUUCAAAGAAUGAGAAGCUUCCGUUGAGGAUUGUUGUGCAGGUUUUGUUCUAUUCUCAGAAGCAGAUUCAGGAGAAGGUGGCUAGAGAUAUGAAAAGUGUAGAGGAGAAAGAUGAUGGUGAUGAUGACAUUGAGGAUAUGAAUAAGAAGUUGCUGAGGCUUGACAUUGAAUCUGAUUACAGAGAGAUUGAGAAUCUUGAAUGUGUUGUUCAUUGCUCAAAGAAGAAUAAGGAAGAGAAGAAGAUAAGUGUGUGGAGAGAAGUGAAGAGGAAGUUUGGUUGCAUGACUUCUUUGACUGUGGAUGCUUGUAAUUGUCAUAUAUCAAGAAGAGGAAGAAGACUUAUCAUCACUACUAGGACAAAUAACAACCGCACUCUAUGUUCUUCUUAA